AUGCCGGGUUUUAGUAGCAGCGCGGGCACGUUCAAAAUCUUUAUCGGCAACCUGGCCGAAAAGACGGCGGUGACGGAGUUGAGGCCGCUAUUCGAAAAGUACGGCAAGGUGGUGGAAUGCGACGUGGUGAAGAAUUACGGCUUCGUGCACAUGGAGAACGAAACGGAGGGGCGCGAGGCGAUUAAAAACCUCAACGGGCACAUGCUAAACGGCAUGACGAUGAAAUGCGAGGCGGCGAAAAGCAGGAAGGCGCCGCAGACGCCCACUACGAAAAUAUUCGUCGGAAAUCUGACGGACAACACGAAGGCGCCGCAGAUACGCGAGUUGUUCAAAAAGUUCGGGACGGUGGUCGAGUGCGACAUCGUUCGCAACUACGGGUUCGUGCACCUGGAGUCGAGCGGCGACGUGAACGAGGCGAUUAAAGAGCUGAACGGCAUGAUGGUCGACGGGCAACCGAUGAAGGUGCAGGUGUCGACGAGUCGCGUGAGGCAGCGUCCGGGCAUGGGCGACCCGGAGCAGUGCUACCGCUGCGGACGGGGCGGUCACUGGUCGAAAGAGUGCCCCAAAGGCUUGGGACCCGAACGCUUUCGGGACCGUCUCGCCUUCGGUCGGGAUCCCUAUCCGCCACCGCCGCCGCCUCCCUUCCUGCGCGACCGGAUGAUGGGCCGAUUUGGGGACAGCUAUGACGGCUACUACGACCGAAGGUUCGAGGACUCGCGCGACCUCUACGAGCGCCGCUACAGCGGCAUGCCGCCGCGCGGCGGCGAGCUGGGCAUGCGCGGGGGACGCGGCGACUUUCUGCCGCCUCCGCUGCCGCCGCGCCGCGAGCCGCUGCCGCCGAUGCCCUCGAUCGGGCUGAGAGGCCCGCCUUCGAGCAGCCUGAGCGGCGGCAUCAGGGAUUCCGGGUUCGGCAGGUCGGGCAGCGACUACGGCAUGUUCAGCAGGCGAUCGCCGCCCUCUAGCGGCGGGCUGCCCGGAAACAGGAUGAGCAGGAUGUACGAGGAUUUCAGCAGGGAUUCCUUCGAUGACAGAAGGCCUGGUUUACGUGGCCCCUCACCCUCAAGAAGAUACGCCCCCUAUUAGACUACAGAAUGAGGGGGAAAACGAAAACAAUCGAAUAAAAAAUAACAAACCUUACCUAACCUCACUUAUUCUGCAUAACCUUACUAUAAUAUUAUUAGGUAUUUUUUUGUUCGAUUAUUAUUCAUUCAUCAUGAUCAUUAUUAUUAUGCUGUAUCAGCAGUGUAGGUUUCCAUGUUUCGACGUUUUAAAAAUAACCAACUGUGAAUUUAGAAGUUUUAAUUUUAUGUAUGUGUAUAUAAAAAAUAAUGUAUUAAUGUGUAGGCAAUUUCGUUUUCACUUUGAAUUCGACGACAAAUUAUAUUUUAUACUAUUGAUUUGUUUCCAAUUAUGUGUAAGAAUUAAUUAG